AGCCACUCGAGCCAGUCAUCUGUGUCUCGUCGUCUAUUGACGCAAGCUAAUCAUGCCAACAAUCCAAAGCUCCGUAUGAGCAUUGGUGACCAGAUAGGCAUGCGUUAAGCGGAGUAGAGGAAAAAGAUUCAAUCAAUUUGCGAAGCAGAGAUGAUCGAGUCGGUGCGCUUUAGGCAAGACUUCGCUUAAACCUUCGUCCCCGAGAUCGCUUCUCGACUGCCGACCAGCCCUACGUCGUUCACAGCGUUCUGCGGGAAGUCUUGAAUCGAAGCGACGGCAUUCACCCUCAUUACCAUCUUCAUACCGGAAGACGACCAAAGUGCUGUCGCCGACCAUAUUCCUCAGCUAACAAUCACCCUUACAGGUCUCUAGCCCUGUCUAAAAAACUACCUCCUACUAGGAUGUCAACACCGAACGCCCCAAGUGGUAUUGGCAAGGCCAUAAGACACCUCGACCUGGAUUAUCACGAUCUCCCGCCGUCGCCCGCACCCUCCAGUCCCAGCAACGGGCGCAAAUAUGCUCUUGCCACGGAGCUAGUCUAUACGGAAGGCAGCGACCAAUAUAACGCGAGUAGUGUCCCGAUCUACCAAUCUGCGACCUUCAAAGGCGGGCCAGGGCAGGAGUAUGACUACACUCGGAGUGGCAAUCCUACUCGCACACAUCUGGAGCGGCAUAUGGCGAAGAUUAUGAACGCCAACCGCGCGCUGGUGGUUGUCACAGGGGAUGAUCUUUACGGCGGAACGAACCGAUUGUUGACGUAUUUGAGGGAGAAUGGUGGAAUCAUUGUCAAGCAUGUGGAUACUACGAGGCUUGAGAAUGUGAAGGCGACCCUGAGCGAAAAGACUACCAUGGUUUUGCUCGAGACGCCGACGAACCCUUUGAUCAAAAUCGUGGAUAUUGCGGGCAUCAGUACGGCCGCGCACGAGGCGAAUCCGGAGUGCGUUGUGGCCGUGGACAACACCAUGAUGAGCCCUUACCUACAAAAUCCGCUUGAUCUUGGCGCAGAUGUUACCUACGAGUCGGGCACGAAGUACCUCUCGGGUCAUCACGAUGUUAUGGCUGGAGUCAUUGGCAUCAACAGCGUUGCUCUUGGCGACAAGUUCUACUUCAUGAUCAACUCCACCGGCUGUGGGCUUGCCCCAUUCGAUUCCUGGCUACUUUUACGAGGUGUUAAGACACUUGCCGUGCGCAUGGAAAAGCAACAAGCGAAUGCGAUGGCCAUCGCGCAAUUUCUAGAGGGCCAUGGUUUUAAGGUGCGAUAUCCUGGCCUCAAGUCGCACUCGCAGUACGCUCUGCAUCAGUCUCAAGCCCGUGGCGCAGGCGCCGUGCUAAGCUUUGAGACGGGUAGCAUCCCGCUGUCAGAGCGUAUCGUGGAGUGCACGAAGCUAUUCGGUAUCUCUGUUUCCUUCGGCUGCGUUAAUAGCUUGAUCAGCAUGCCAUGUCGCAUGAGUCACGCCUCGAUUGACCCAGCGACGCGGAAGGAGCGGGCACUGCCUGAAGACAUUAUACGUCUCUGUGUUGGGAUCGAGGAUUUGGGUGACCUGGUUGAUGACCUUAGCCAGGCGCUUGUGAGGGCUGGCGCGGUACGAUUGACGAGCAACGGCUUCCAAGCCUUGAGCGCUGAAGAAACGGCUGGUGAGAGUGGGAGGACAAGGCAAGUUGUUGACGAGCCAUAGCAAGGCUUGAUGUACUAUACAACCUCCAUAAAAGCGACGACUGGUAUUCAGAGUCAAUCGGUCCAGAGUUCCAGAGCAGUAGCCUCUGCAAAAAGCGCAUGUGAAGGCGGCCCUGGAGUGAAGCAUGUGAAAAGCGGAAGCACAUUCGGCGCACCAUUCCUUGGUGAAACGAUCUUACACCUCACCAUCGGAUGUGCAAAUACCGAUGUUAGACCUUGUUAGAUGUUAUUUGGUCAGCCCGAGGAA